GAAAAAAGCACACAUGCAUGCACAAAUAAGCAUCUAUCUGAAGAAAAAAAGGGUAGUGGGUUUGAUGGUAUGUAUAAAAGUUUUUGUUUUUUCUCAUUGGAUCAAUGGUUUUUAAGUUUCAUCUGCAAAAGGUCACGGCAACCACUUUAUACAACUAAUAUCAAAGGUUAGGUCUCUAUCUAAUCUAUCCCUCAUAACCCCAUUCAUGGGGACUAACCUAUCCAUUAAAUUAGGCUUUGUCUCCAAAAGUUACUUUUCUGGUGGGGUUCUGAUUUACAUAAGGGUUUCUCUGCUGGUGUAUGGUCUCUGAAACACAUUGAAUAGUUUUUCCUCUGCAUGUUGAUUCUUAUUUGGAGUCCAAAAAAUUUUUAGGGAAACAAAUGGAGGAAAAAAUUUAAUCAAGGGUUUGGUUAAUAUGUUUUUAACGUCAUCAGCAGACCUGUGCUUAUGAGAAUGAAUUAUCUCUCCGUGCAUAGUUUAGAAUUGCUGUUAAGUGUUGCCGCAAAGGGAUUUUUCUCGAUGUUUCUGGUGCAGGGGCCUCUUGCAGCUCAUGUUCUUCAGCACCUGACAAAAGAGGAUUUGAGCAAGAUAUACUUUGGAGAAUUUCAGAUGUUGGAUAUAAAUGGGGUGCACUGUUUUCUCACUAGGACAGGGUACACAGGUGAAGAUGGAUUUGAAAUCUCAGUUCCUUCCGAGCAUGCAGUUGAUCUUGCAAAAGCUAUUCUGGAUAAAUCUGAAGGGAAGGUUAGGCUGACUGGAUUGGGUGCUCGUGACAGUCUUCGGCUUGAGGCUGGUUUGUGCUUAUAUGGCAAUGAUAUGGAUCAGCACACAACACCUGUAGAGGCUGGACUUACUUGGGCCAUAGGGAAGAGAAGAAGAGCAGAAGGAGGUUUCCUUGGCGCCGAGGUAAUACUUAAACAAAUAGAAGAAGGUCCAUCAAUCAGGAGAGUUGGUUUAUUCUCUCCAGGACCACCUCCCAGAAGUCACAGUGAGAUUCAAGAUGAAAAAGGGCAAAACAUCGGAGAGGUUACAAGUGGAGGAUUCAGCCCCUGCCUCAAGAAGAACAUGGCAAUGGGUUACGUGAAAUCUGGGAACCACAAGGCUGGAACCAAAGUCAAGAUUGUGGUUCGUGGCAAAUCCUACGAUGGAGCUGUCACGAAAAUGCCUUUUGUACCCACACAAUACUACAAGCCAUCUAAAUAAUUCUUUGGCAUUUCGAACUCUUUGGCUUUCUAAUUGUUAACUACCGUCGCAUGUUUUGGUGAACAUGAGUGCUGUAAUCAAU